UGACUCGUAUCAGCAGCACCUCCUGUCCCGCCAAACGCCAGACCAGACGCCAGAUUGGUUAAUGGCCGACAGCACGAACCACGCAGCACAUGCACAGCGCAGCACGUAGCUGGAUGAAAAGUCGAAACGCACUCUCAUGCCUCGGAUUUAGGUGACUAACGCGAGACCUCCGCGAAGCAUUUCAAGUCAUCCAAAAUGUAUAGCCUGGAGCACUAUUUCAGUCCAAGUAUUGUGAGCAGGAAGGCCGAUUUACCUAAGGAGCCGCUGCAAGAUGUGAGUGAAAAUACCAAGCAGGAUUCGGACUCGUCCAGACAGGUGAUUUCCAAUGUGAAGGCAGCGAAGAGAAGGAAAGCUAAGUCCAAGAAGCCUGGGGGCUCGAUAAAUGGUGAAAUCGAGAAAACCGUGAACACAAAUGAAGGAGACGCCAAAAAAUCUGAUUUCGGUGAAAAUGGGCAGCCUUCACAGCAGGUUGAGCCGCAGAAGGAUUCGCAGUCGGUCGAGAAUAUUACACCUCCAUCUUCGAAACCAAAUGCAUUCCAGUUGCUCAUGAGCCAGAAGAAGAAGAAAUCACCUGUAGGCGAGGAUGAGAAGAAAAGGCUGAAUUUUUCGCUCAAAAGUGCAAAAAAGACCAAACCUGAAGAGGGAGAAAAACUUGUUAGUGAAAAUGACAAAGAUGCCAAAAAUGAAAGUGCCACUGAAAAUGGAAGAAAAUCAAGGCGGACGAAAGAAACGCCUAAACUAUUAUUAGAUGAUGAUAGUGAUGAUUUGUUUGAAAGUUCUGUAUCGAAAUCAUCCGGCAAAAGCAAAACCCGGAGCAAGAGACAAGCGAAAAAGACAUCAGAAGUUGCAGCCUUAAAAUCAAGAAAAAACAAGUCCGGGAAAAGAAAGAAAAUCAUCAGCAGUGACGAUGAGGAAGUGGAAAACAGUCCUGUGCCUAAAGUGACUGAUAAGAAGAAGAAAGCCGUAGAGAAAAAUAAAUCUGAUGCAGCAGAAGCCAUGGAAGUUGAUGCUCAAGAGGGUGUUGAAGAGACUGUGGAGCCCAAGCAACCUGCGCCACAAAUGCAAUCUGAAGUAAAGGAUGCGAAAGAAGAGCAGUCCAUCUCGAAGAAAAGCUCGAAGCGCAAAAGAAAAACCACAAGUAGCGACGAGGAGACGAAGCCAGCCACGCCUGAUAUUGUUGCUAAAGUGGCGAAAAGGUCAAUUUUUGGAUACUUCACCCCCAUCUCCAAAGAUGAGGCUUUGAAGAGAGCAGCCAAGGCUAUGGAAGCGCCGAAAGUGCAGACCAUUCAAGCAGACGUGCACCCUGAACCUGUCGACAGUCAAAAACGGCGUUCGAUGGGCCCACGUGGCCGAGCGGUCCGAUCGACGAGUCCUCGGGAGCAGGAGUCCAUUGAGGUACUUGAGGUCACCUACGAGUCUGCAGAAGGAACAUUGGAAUCACCAAAGAAACCAAGUCCAAUGAAGGUGAAGAAGAACAAGAACAAGAAGCCGUUCCAGCUCAGAGUGAAGCUUUUGAGUCCAGUCAAGUCCAUUAGUGAAGCCUCCUGCCACAGCAGUUCAUCUGAUAGUGAUGAUUCAGAUUCUGAAAUUGAGAUCGAAAUCCCUGUCAAGAGGCAAAUAAACAAGACCAACGGCUGGGGAGCUGGAGGAAAGUUAGCCCCUAUUUUCCUACCCAGGAACCGCAAAGCUGCAGCUGCCACUGCGUCAAAGAAAAUUUUCCAACAUGCCCCAUUACCACAAAUCAGAGCUGCACCCACGGAGCACACCAUUGGAUUUGCUGAUGAGGAUCCUGAAGCGCCAACAGCUGCUCUCUUCCCUUCAAUCAGCCAUGUCGGAGAACACAUCUCCGUGUUUUCUGAUACCGAUGAAUCGAUCAAGCAACUUUUAGAUCGCAUGUCACACGGCAAUGUGGAAAACAUUGUGCCCUCAUCCUUUGAUCUCGGACCCAUUAGCAAAGCAAACGCUUUCAACACGUUGAAACCUGCGAAGAAAAAGGCUAGCGCGGGACCUGUCGAGUCUUGGUGCGAAAAGUACAAACCAAAGCUUUCUGUCUCUGUUGCUGGAAAUGAAAGCACUGUUCAUAGACUGCGCAGUUGGCUGGAACGCUGGACGGAAAAUAAAGGCACCAAAGAUGUUGCUCCUGACUCAGGCUCUGAUUUGGAUAGUUUGGAUGAUUUCAUUGUGUCAGACGACGAUGAAGGUUCCAACGCUGACAAGAGGAAGAAAAAGAAGAAACCCUCAAACACUGUCCUCUUGGUUGGGCCAAGCGGUUCAGGAAAAACUGCCGCAGUGUAUGCCAUUGCUGAGGAAUUAGGAUUUAAGGUUUUGGAAGUAAACGCGUCAUCAAAGCGUAGUGGAAAGCGAAUUCUGUCCAAAUUGAGAGAAGCUACACAAUCUCAUCAAGUCCGAAGCGGAGCUGUCGAUCAAGAAUCUAUUGCAUCAUUUUUCGGAAAAGGGCAAGGUGGCCACGCUUCCAAUUCGCAACAGCAAAGCAACCAGUCACUGUCUCUCAUUCUAGUGGAGGAUGUUGAUGUUGUGUUUGAAGAACAAGACGAAGGUUUCUUAACGGCUCUGAAUACGCUUUCUGAGAACUCAAAACGUCCUAUUGUGUUGAUCAGCAAUGACCAAAACUGCUCUGUGGUUCUGAACAGACAGCACCAUACCCCAUUUGGGUUUGAUAAAGUGCCUAUCAACAAAUCAGCUGAUAUUCUUGAAGACAUCUGUGAUCUUGAAGGCAUUCCUGCUGACAGAGAGUUCAUCAAAACUCUCCUAGUUAACAAUGGGGGCGAUCUCCGGUCUUCUCUUCACUCUGCUCAAUUACUUUCCCUCUCAGGCGGCUUUCCAAAGACUGUGGAAGACAGCCUCAAAUUCCCUUUGGACUUUGAGGAAUUGAUUCUGCGCAUGCAGACAAAACCAAAACCAUUCAUCAUAUCUGAAAAUGACUUGGAGGAUAGUCACGCAGAGGACAGUCCUAAAAAGCUGAACGAUUCAUGGUGUGACUCCGACUCUGACAACACUCUGUUCAAGAGCAGGCGCAGGUUGAAGACAGCUAAGAGAAAACCAAGGAUUGACUCUGAAGGCAGUGUCGAGGAUAAUGUUGACGUUGACAAGGUCACUGCCUCCAUUUCCGACUUGGAAAAGAUGUCUCGUUUUGCUGACUGUGUGGCCGUUCUGGAUACAUUACAGGGCAUAGGAUGUGGACAUAUGAAAAGCAAAAUUUUGCCGGGGUUGAGUGAUCGGCAAGGAAUGGAAGCUGUGCCAAAUGGUGUGGGACCUCAGGUGCAACAUGUCAUCGCUACUAAAGCUUUGAAGCACUACCAAGUCACCAAUCUUGGAACAGAACAUUGGGAAUCUAAUCAGAAGUGGUACAAAUCUCACGAGACUGUGCGCAAGAGUUUAACGGAGCAACUCAACAAACCGAUUGUUCUCCAAGAAGUGUCGUUGGACUAUUUGCCCAUAUUACGAGAGCUAGGAAGGAGCGAGCAGAGCUCUGCCAGGUCUUCCAGAAGAAGUGCGAUUAACUGCUUGCAAAGCAUAGGAAUGCAGCCUGACCAAUUUGUCCUGGAGGCGCUUCCGUUUGUGUUGACAAAGUAA